UCUUUUAAGCUCACGGGGGAGAAGGAGAGGCAGAUGGAGAGGGAAGUAACAGAUCUUCAGUGGCAGAUAGAGAGGACUGUGUAUACAGAUGUAGCAAUACAAACAGGAGAUGCAGGCUCGAUAAGGAAAUUAAGGGAAAGGGUGCAACUCAAAUAAAACAGGACUCAUGCACCAACGGACCAAUGCAACUCCCCCCCCUUCUCUCUCUAAAACCCUCACUGACCAAUCGUCACUUACUGAAACAGAAACAGAGAGAGAGAGAGAGAUGAAAGUCAUGGGAGAGCAGCCGAAGCACAUCAUUUAGAUAUUCUGGACACGCUGCAGAGAGGCAUUCCUUGGAUUUUCUCAUCAGAAUUGGAUGCUGGACCAAACACGACAUGUAAAAACUCCUAUGAAUUCCUCCACCUUGACUGAGGACACAGGUUCCUGGCACACACACCCACACACACACACACACACACAGGAAAACAGUGGAACGUCAGACUCAGAGCAUCGUUUUUAGAUCUGCAGGACUAACGCUGAACCCAAGGCAAUUGCAGGGUACAGCGCUGUGAGUACACCCACAGGUGGUUCAAGGAUUGCGAUUUGGUCGUGUGAGUUAUGUGCGCCUGUGGUCGACAAGUGAGGCUGAGCAUCCACAGACGUUCAGAUGCAUAUCCACAGUGUCUGAGAGGUUUGUUGACUGCACAGAAGAAGAGAGAAGCAAGGGAACAAGUUUAGCCGCUGCGUGGGAUGUAAGGACAAAGCCAAAUAUGCAGCUGAACGGACCUGGACAGGCCUUGUUUUUUAUUUCAUUUCUAAUAUGAGGAGUGUGCUUUUUGGCGUCACUUUUUCUCAAGCACAAAAAAGAAAUUCUAACCCGGUUUGUCAAGGUAAUCCUAUUGAUCAUCAACAGAACUUUUUUGGAGUGAAAGAGAAGUUUUGAAAGACCAAUGAAGGAGUCGGACCAAACCAAGGAUAACCCCCUGACCUGGGAUUUCGACCAAUCCUGGAGUUCAUUCCUAAAACCAGCUGCACAUCUUUGCCUCAACACCUUGGAUUUCUCAGACCUUUGGGAUGAAGAAGACAGCACAGAAGACGAGGGAACCAAUUCGACCAUUGAAUCAUCAGCAUGUUUCAGAGACCCUGCAGCACCCCCUCCUCCUCCACCACCUCCUCCUCCUCCUCCUCCGCUUGCACCACCUUUGCCCUCAGCCUCCAAAGAAGGUACGACGAUCAAAUGUCGCACCUUGAAGCUCCACUGGAGGGAACUGCAGAGCUUGGCCCCUCUUCCCAGGACGACCCGCUUUGGGAAUCAGACUAUUUGGGCCAGACUUGAGCCAGUCCAUUUGGAUACAAACCGACUGGAGUACCUGUUUGAGACUAAAGGGAAUAGCACCAGUUUUAAUGUGGUUUCUGGGAAGCAGAAGCAGCCAUCAGUCUCAGUACUGGGGAUGAAGCGGAGUAACAUCAUAACCAUAGCCCUGAGCAAGCUGCCCCCUCCCCGCCUCCUCCCCCCUGCUAUCUACAGCAUGGACAGCAGUGUGCUGGACGGAGAGGACGUUCAGCGGCUUCAAGCUCUAAUCCCAACAGAGGAGGAACUUUGUCUGAUCAAGGAGGCCAAGGCCCAGAACCCCCACUCCUCUCUGGCGCCAGCUGAGCUCUGCCUCCUCACUUUGGGGGAAAUUCCACAUCUGAACUCCAGGCUUCAGCUGUGGGCCUUCGCUCUGGACUACGACUCCUUAGAAAGGGAAAUUGCUGAGCCUCUCUUCCAUCUGAAGUUGGCCAUGGAACAGCUGUCAGCCAGCCAGACCUUCAGGUGUAUUUUAGCAACAGUGUUAGCAAUCGGUAAUUUUCUCAAUGGAUGUAAGGCACGCGGUUUUGAGCUGAGUUACCUGGGGAAGCUGUCCCAGGUGAGGGAUACGCACACUCGUCAGCCCCUGCUGCAUCACGUCUGCGUGCUGCUGAUGCAGCUGUACCCACAAUCGUCCGACCUCUACUCAGACAUCACCGCUGUUACUAAAGCUGGCAAGUGUGACUACUCCCUAGUCCAGUCCAACUUCACCCAGCUACAGGCCCUGUGCAAAGCAUCAUGGGAGCAGCUAAAGAUUCUGGACAAGGCAGAGGACAAGAAGAAAGGAGGACAUGCGGAGAAGAGGAGAGGAGGAGGACGACGAGAGGACGAGGUCUUGACUCCAGGGGGCGCCCUGCGUCACAGGUUGCCGAAGAUUUUGAAAGAGUGCGAGGAGAGGCUGAAGGUCCUGAAGGCCGUCCAUCGUCGGGUUAUCAACAGAUUCCACUCCUUCCUCUUAUUCCUCGGCUACUCCAAAGCAAUGGUGAGAGACACCAAACCAGAAGACUUCUGCAGAACUGUCAGUAACUUCUCUUUGGAGUACAGGACCACACGGCAGGCCAUCCUCCUGCAGAGGGAGAGGGAACGACAGAAAGGUGGAGCAGAGAGCCCGGGGCCCAACACUCCCGCAGGCAGGAGGAAACAUCAGCAAACUCCAACACAGGAAGACGAGGAGCAGCGUAGGCUGGAGGAGGUGCUGAGGACACCCGAGUCCACCCCAAGACUUGACGCCACUCUGCCUCGAAACCGCAGGAGGCUGACUAACAUCCAAGGUCCUUUGUCACGGAAACUGACGUGGUGACGCCGCUGAUGUGCUUGCAAAAGCCAUUCAGUCACUGGUGUAUUGGAACAGAACUGAUUGUGAUUGUUAUUUAUGUCACUGUUGUCAAAAGUCACUUUUUUUUCUGCAAAAUGGACAAGUGCAUGAGGUUUCACAUAUACCAUCCAAGUUUUAAUCAUGUCUGCGUUUCAAAGUCAAAAUGCAUUAAAAUCUUUGAUUUAAAUCU